ACAAAAUGUCCGCCUGCCGUUGUUAUCUGGCGACUUGGGUGAAAAAGAGAACUGCUGACGCGCUGCCUUCUUUUCGAGUGUAAAAGUCACCUUUUUUUUGUUUUGUUUUUUGUUCGUGUUAUCUCGGACCAUCACGCACGGUGCCACACUUUGACGCCAGGGAUGUUCCAAGGAGCACAAGAAUGGAAGAGAAAGCCUUAGAAGUGUACGACGUGAUCCGAUCCAUCCGAGACCCGGAGAAGCCCAGCACGCUGGAGGAGCUGGACGUGGUGACGGAGAAGUGCGUGGAGGUCCGGGAGCUGGGCCCCGACGAGUACCUCAUCGUCAUCAAGUUCUCGCCGACCGUCCCGCACUGCUCCCUGGCCACACUCAUCGGUCGCUCGAUCUCGGCCGCUUCCCGUCGUGCGCCUCAUCCUCAUCCUGACUGUUUGUGUGUGUGUGUGUGUGUUUUGUUCUGCAGGUUUGUGUUUACAAGUCAAGCUGCAGAGAUGUCUGCCCUUCAAACACAAACUGGAGAUUUACAUCAGCGAGGGAACGCACUCCACCGAGGAGGACGUCAACAAGCAGAUCAACGACAAGGAACGCGUGGCCGCCGCCAUGGAGAAUCCCGACCUCAGGGAGAUCGUGGAGCAGUGCGUCGUCGAACCUGACGACUGACUCAACACGCCGCGUGUGUGCGUCUCCGUGUAUGUGUGUUUGCACUCUGCAGAUAUGCAUGUAUGUGUGUAUAGAUGUGAAAUGUGUGUGUGUGUGUGUCUGUAGAUGCAGCCAUUUUGGCCUAAAUUCCCAUAAUUCCUCGCUGCCGUGGCGAUGGGUCGAAAGUGUCUGAUUGCUAUUCCGCUUUCCUUCCUGGACAUAAAAGUUCGCGAUUUUCUUUUCCAUGGUGACACGCACACACACGCGCAAACUCACGCAUAAAUGCAAAUGUCCUGUUUGUGCAUUGACUUGCUGUCAGGGAAAGUUUUAUUAAAAGCACCGUCAAAGGC